AUUAAUCCCUCGGGGGUUCCCUUCGGAAAUGAAGGAUACAGUAUAUUGCCACAGACGAGGGGGUAGAAGUUCCAGCAGAGUUCCUGCUAAUAAAUAAUUAGCUCUCGUUGAUAUUUUUUUUCUUUAAAAAGCCAGUAGUCAUAGUUCACUGUAAAGUAAAAAAAAAACUGAAACAACCCCCAUUCUGCCCCCUCUCCCUCUUUGUCUCUCUGUCCCCCUCUGUCGACCUCCCCCGGACAGAUUCCUGCCUGCGCGUUCACGUGUCCUGAAAUGCGCGCCAGCGGCAGCUGCAGACUCACCAGUCACCAGCAACAACAUUACACCACGAGCGGCAGCAGCGGCGGCGUCAGCCUCGGUUCAUCCGCAGCUGAAUCGUUAUAUUUAGCGGAUGGUUCGUGUUUCGGCGUCGUUUUUCUCCUUUUCUGCGCUAUAGUGUGAGCAGGGGACUCACUGCGGAGUGAGUGGGUGAGGAGCUGAGUGACUGAGCGCCAAGCCUGAGGAGGAGGAGGAGGAGGAUAACGGACUGACAGACCCUGCAGGAGGUGGAGAGAAGAGGAGCAACACAAACACCACCGCACAUUUGAACCAAGCUGUUUUCAUCCCGUGGCUGUGGUCCUUGGAUACCCGAGCUGCAGGAAGAUGGCCAGUCCCGUUGCGGAUUUAAAAGUCCCGAGCACUCCGGCGCGGGACGAGUCGCAGGAGCCGAGUCAUCCCGAACCAGCCUGUAAGGAGGCACAGAAAUGGAUAGAGGCGGUAACAGGGAAGAGCUUUGGAGAAAAGGACUUCCGCAGCGCGCUGGAGAACGGCAUCCUGUUAUGCGAGCUGCUGAGUGCAAUCAAACCAGGCCUGGUCAAGAAGAUCAACAGACUGCCCACCCCCAUCGCUGGUCUGGACAACCUGUCAGUCUUCCUGCGGGGCUGUGAGGAGCUGGGCCUGAAGGGCUCCCAACUGUUUGACCCCGGGGACUUACAGGACACGUCUAUACGAGCUAAUCUGAAGGACUCCGACUGUAACCGCAAACUAAAGAACGUGCUGAACACGGUGUUCUGGCUGGGGAAGGCUGCCAGCUGCUGUGCCUCCUUCUCUGGUCCGACUCUCAACCUGAAGGAGUUUGAAGGACUUCUGUCUCAAAUGAAGAUAGAGAGUGACGAGGGAGGUGAGAGUCCUCAGAAGCGCAGCGUCAGAGACAGUGGCUACGACUGCUGGGACUCUGAGAGAAGUGAGUCUCUUUCUCCACCUCAACACACUCGGGACAACUCCUUGGACAGGUGGGAGACAUCUGUCAACACACGCUCGUACAGAAAAACCACCACAAAAAGUCUGGAUUCUUUCGGCUCCCGCUCACAGCACAGUCCGUCUCCUGAUGUGGUUUGUCGGGGCAACAGUGACGGGCGAGGCAGCGACUCAGAGGUUGAUGCCCCCCACAGGAAGCCUGAUGUACGUAAAGAUGACAUGUCAGCCAGGCGGACGGUCAGCGUCGAGUCCAGGAGCUCAGUUCCGUUCAACCAGUUCCUUCCCAAUCGUACCAACGCUAGCGGCUACAUGCCAGCUCCACGUCGGAAACCCCAAACAGAGGAGGGCGAGCAGAGAAGGAUGAGUCGACGAGUUGCUUUUAUGUCUAAAGACACAGAGAGUGCAAGUAUGAACGACAUCCUCAGUGAAGAGGAGGUGGAACAUUUGCCCCCGCUGAGCCAAUCCAGGCAUGAGCGCAUGCACGAGCAGUACAACAAUUUUCCGGAGGAAGACGACGAAUGGCAAAGUGACUUGGCUCGCUGGAAGAAUCGGCGUCGGAGUGCAUCACAGGACCUGAUCAAGAAAGAAGAAGAGAGGAAGAGGAUUGAGAAGAGGAUGAAGGAGAAGGAAGGCGACGGCAGCAAGCGGAAAAGCAUCAAGACCUACAAGGAGAUUGUGGAGGAGAAGGAGCGCAGAGAGGCAGAGUUGUGCAAGGCCUUCAGGAGUGCAGCCACUCCAGAGGAGGCGGCCAUCGUUUUACAGCGAUACGCACUCCGCUUCACCAUCAGUGACGCCACACUGGACAGCCUGAAGCUGCCCAGAGCCUCUCCUUCAACGCCCAGGUCAGACCUGAACGAGGAGGACGGAGAAGACAAACUCACGGCACCUGUUAACGGCUCAGAAACAUCAGAACCACGGUGUGAACCGGAACCACGGUGUGAACCAGAACCACGGUGUGAACCAGAACCACGGUGUGAACCAGAACCACGGUGUGAACCAGAACCACGGUGUGAACCAGAACCACGGUGUGAACCAGAACCACGGUGUGAACCAGAACCACGGUGUGAACCAGAACCACGGUGUGAACCAGAACCACGGUGUGAACCAGAACCACGGUGUGAAUCAGAAUCACGGUGUGAACCAGAACAAACCAUAACAACAGAAGCGAAGGACACUGAACCUGAAAAGACACAGAGUCGUUCGGCCCCAGAACAGCAGGUGGCAGCGUCUGUUCCCACCAGCCCCCACAAACCUCACAGCUUCCCCACCGCACUCCCAAAUUCAGAAAGUGUUCCAGCUCAGUCAUUAGACUUUAAUGAACCCCAGUCCACACCCACAGAGUCUCAAACCAGGCAUGAAGAUCAGCCGACGUCAACAGAAACACAGCCUCAGAUCAGACCAUGGGCACACACGCCCCCUGCUGUUCCAUCUGUACCCUCCAGACCUCUCCCACUGCUGGUCGCCAAGCCUUAUCGCCAACCAAGCAGCAAGCCGUCUGGACACAAACCUGUCAAAAUGGAUGUCCGUGUGAACGGAGAGGCGACUGAGGAUUUAUCUGUUUCUCCAACACCGGCCUCCCCGCUGCACUCGCCCCAGGAGAGUGAAGUCUUGACCCCCAAACCGGUGGAGAAGGAGCCCAUCCAUGAAGAGGAGGUGAAAGACCAGGAGGCAGCGACGCAGCCACCACCUCCACAGACGGAGAAGUCCACCUCCUCCUCCGGCUCCACCAUCAGCUCUUUGAUGGGGGGGCGGAACUGUGUCGUCAAAACCACUAUUGUUACAGAGCUGACGCAGACCAUAGUGGAGCCUCAUCACCCAGAGCAAAGCAACGGACAGGUGAAUGGAACCUCUGCCUUCUAUGAGAUGAUGAUGCAGGAAGCAGGAAUCCAACCAAGUUCGUCUUCUAACAGCAUGACGGAAUGUUCUCCCUCUGUCUCAGUUUCAGCGGAGAGCCCCGAGGAGAGCAGCGUGACGAUUGAGACCCCCAUGUUGAACUUGGCUAAACGUGUUAAUCACUGGGUCUGGGACCCCAAUGAAGAGCGUAAACGCCUGGAAAGGUGGCAACAGGAGCAGGAGCGCCUCCUACAGGAACAAUACCAGAAGGAGCAGGAGAAACUGAAGAAAGAGUGGGAAAAAGCCCAGCUAGAGGUGGAGGAGGAGGAGAGGAAACACAACGAGGAGGAGAGACGGAUUCUGGAGGAGACUGUGGCUCCUCUCACUCCGACUGGUCUGUCGAACCAGCAGAUCGUGAAAACAGUGCCGGCACCGUCACCUCCAGGGAACAAACAGGAGGAGAGAAGUGUUCCCUCACAGCACCACCACCACCAGAACGUGUCUGCAGGAUCUGAGGAUCAGCAUCCGUCCAAACUGCACUUCUUUCAGGAUUCAGUGAGUGAUGUUGACAACUCAAAGAAACAGGAAAUGUGGAAAACAGCCUCACUGGACCGAAACCCCCAACUCAACCAGACACAUGCAGUGAAAAGGUCUGGGUCACAUGAUAUUGUAACUAGUAAACAACAGUCGUCUUCAUCAUCACCACAGCCUCCAUCACCCAGCAGGUGUGUUAGUGGGAAGAGGCAGUGCUCUGGAUGUUCUCAGCCGCUGGGAAAAGGAGCUGCCAUGAUCAUCGACACACUAGGACUGUUUUUCCACAUGCAAUGUUUCAAGUGUGGGGUGUGUGGGGGGCAGUUGGGUGACGCCACUGCAGGGACUGACGUUAGGAUUCGUAACGGACUGCUGAGCUGUCACGAGUGCUACAUGGCAACUCGAGGCAGAGGUCAGCCAACUACACUAUAAUGACUACACUGAAUUUCAACUGGACCCCCCGCACCAUCAACACUGCACUCUGACGAGGUGGACAUUUAUUGUAGAAGCUGGAAUCAAGACCUGGAAAAGUCCUGGAAUCAGUUUGAAAUCAACCUUUUUUUUCCUGGACUGACAAACACAGACAGUUUUACCAAGAACUGCAGAAGUGGACUCUGAUGUUAAGAAGAUCACAAGCACACGUACACACGUGUCAGUACAGUCUGUACGUACACAGGUGUACACUUCCUUUUAUUUUGUGUAGCAUGAAUACAGUACUAUAAGGCAGUUGUUGUGUUUAGGCCUUUGCACAGUCAUGGCGCUAUAACAAGGACCUGCUAAAAAAACAAACAGAUUUAACACUACAAGCUUAACGCUACUCUCUUCAACAUGUCAGUCUGAUUAAUGUUAAUUCAUGCUUUUGCACUGAUCAUGUGACUCCAUCGUUCCUUCACUGGUGUGGGUUGGCCGACCUGAAGUAGCUUGACCAUUGUAUUGCCUUACUCUUGCAACUCUUGUCAUUUAUUUUGGGCUUUUGUGUUUACUGUUUUGCAUGAAAGAAGGACAUAUAUGCAUAAGUUAUUGUGAGUUUUGCCUGACAGGAAGGUGUGAAUUUGAAUUGUUAUUCUUUCAACAGCAAAACUUUAAAUUUCCUCUUUUAUGUUGUACACCAUAAUUUUUUUUUUUUUUUUGCAAAUUAAGCAAAUGUACUCUAGCUUUUUUCUUGACUCUUAAUUAUAUAGGAAUGACAAUUCAUUAUCUAAAGUAACAAUAUUUGUUUUGGAUUUUAAUUAUGUUCCCUUAAUGAUAACUGUAUUCAUUGUUUGGUCUCCCUGUCUGACAGCAUCUAAAUCAGUGCCUUACGUAUUGAGUAUGUGAUCUGAUUGCCGGAAUGUGUGUGUGUGUGUGUGCGUGUGUACAUGCAUAUGUAUGCCAUGUGUACUUUGACUUGAAGCACAGUUCCAUACCAGCAAACAAAUGUUACACUUUUCAUUCUUAAUCACCUCUUGAUCCCUCCCUAAGAUCUAAACCAAUGAUAUAGUUACUUGCUGCUUCCUUAUGAGACCGAUCAAUAGACUGACCAUUCAUCAGUCUUGAAGGCUCUCAUUUGUUGCCUCUGUCUGAAGUGUUUUUGCCCCAGUGUCAGCUGAACUCCCGUCUGUUAUUGCCCUGGACAUUUUACAGCAUCCUUCACCGCACGAAGGAAGGAACCCAUCGUCUUUUAUAGAAACUGUAUGUUUAACAAUAAACUAUUUUAGAUUGA